AUGUCGCAGAGACAUUCGCAAAGUCCGCAUUCGUCUCCUCCAAGUUCGCCGCCAAGCAGCCCAACCUCGGCUUCAUCUCAGGAACGUUUAAUACUGGUUCCAGAUGACCAGUUUGAAAGCGAUGCCCUGCUGGGACUGUGGCCAGACGAUGAAGAGGCGCCUGUUACGCCAACUACAGCCAAUAUCGAGCGAACUAGCUCUGCUGCAUCCAAUGCACCGGCUUUACCACCGCGUCUGAUUAUACCACUUUUGAUAUCCCCAUGCCUCAAACUCGGUACAACAUAUAUACCUCGUGCGGUAGACCUUGCAGGGCCUGUUCCAGCUCUUGUCGGACUCGCUGGAAUGGCGCUUUUAAGCGCUUUUACGAGCCAAGUAUGGGUGCUUCUGGGCCGAUAUGUCUCGCGCUGGACGAUCGAGGAAAUUGUCGCCGAAGCAAUCAUUCGCAACCCUGGAAGGCGGGGUAGCCCCAAGGACAAGUGGAAACGGCGAGUUCGCAAGGGAAUUAGGGGCCUAGUGUGCUUGACCGCGUUGUUGCUUUGUGCAAUGUACUUACAUGAAUCAGCACACUUGUUGCAAGCCGCUCUCCCAUUCGAGACCAAUCACGCGACCCAGGCUGGAACAACAGUUAUUUUCGCGGCCUUCCUUGUUCCCCUUGUGGCUGCAUCUUCGCUUGGUGAACGCAAGAUCCUGUGGUCUAAUUUCCUGUCGAUCGUUCUUCAAUUCGUAAUUGCUAUCGUUGGUGUCGCUCAUUACUUCCAUUCUCAAGAUGAAUCUAAACACGGGCAUGCUGGGACAAAGCGCGCUCUCCCUAAAUUUACGCGUUCGCAUACAGAAGUAGGCACAUGGGAGACCAUUUCAAUUUUAUCAUUCGCCUUUGCGAACCAAUUACUUGCAUUACCCCUGUACACCGCCUUAGCCACCAAUUUUGCUGCCAAGCCCACGUUCGCACCGCGACCUCGUACCAGGCGUAUGAUAACAUCCUUCCCGAUGCUUCUUUUAGUCUCGACAAUUAUCUCGGUCGCUCUCACUGUCCCGUUAAUCCUUGCGCCACUCACUAAACAUGCCGCACCUCCCGAUCCGGCCGCUAUUCCAACUGUUCCGUUCCGCCCACCACUGCGCGAAACUGUGUCUCGUAAGCUCGAGGCCGCUAUCCCUACAAUUCAAGUCUUUGCACUAUUGCUAGCUAUCCCCCCGUUGUUUGCCGGAGUAAUUGUACCCCGAAUUCGUCAGCGUGCCUAUCGCUGGAUCCUUUUCUUUUCAUCCGUCCUGUUGGCGGCUGUUAUCCCUGGACGUAGGGCCGGUUUGUCCGGUCUUGCAAUGACUUUGUCGCUCCUUACGUGCUAUGUUUUUCCUGCAUUACUACACGCGAUCUUCCACGGUCUCAGGAGACCCCGCUCCAUCUUGUUUACCCACUCAAAUGUUCCUGCCAUUACGUCCUCGGAGCCAGGCAAUAGUCAAGAUCCUGAGAUACUCUUACAACACAAGGAGCGUUCCUUGCAGCGGCGUCGCCUCGCGCGCCGCGUGUUGUGGGAUAUUGGAGUAUGGGCCGUCUUGGGCCCCGUAGGGCUCGCUGCGACUGUCUGGACCGCUGGGCGGACCGAUUUCACCUACCGAGCAAGUACCUAUCAGAUCGCGCCUGACGGGCGAGUGCCUGAUCCUGGGAUCACUCUUCCUUCUGGCAUUUGCAUCCAAUACCUUCGAAAGUUUUUAGAAUCUUUGCGAAAGGACGAAUCCAAUCAGACCCCGCCCCUAUACCCGCAAGUCGGAUCGGAAUUUGACCUGGCUCCCACGGACGUGAGGAGGCGGUCUCUGUUUCUUGGAUCCAUACUACUGCUUUCCUCCGUUCCCAGGUACAUUUCAGCUCUCGUUUCAGACCAACUGGGUUUCCGAGCUGCCAUGAGCGUCACACACGCUGCCUAUCUGCCCGAGGAGGAACCUUUAAAUUUUGAUACGGAGUCUCUUCCGGAGGCGCGAGACCGGGAUGAAUUGAGUAGCUGUCCGUCGACCGUGGUUGCUUCACCUGCUGCGAGCAUCAAGCUCGACGCAAGUCCUCCUGCUAAAGAUAUCGUAACGCCCCUCCCAAUGGGUAGAUUUGCUAUUCUACUCAUGCUCAACGCGGUUUUCCCGCUUUCCUUCGAGGUGAUCUACCCGUUUGUGAAUGCGAUGAUCGUCGAGAUAGGUGUGACUAACGACCCUGAGCGCGUUGGAUUUUACUCUGGUCUCGUGGAGUCUAUUUUCUCAUUGAUGGGGUUCAUUAUGAUUCUUCCAUGCGGGUACCUUUCGGACCGAUUUGGACGUAAACCAGUGAUCCUUUUAGGAUUCGCCGGUUUGGCCGUAUCUAUGACUUCGUUUGGGCUAAGCAAAACCUUGGCCGGAAUGAUUGCUAGUAGAUGUAUUGGCGGAGGAUUGGGAGCUAGCUGGGCUGCGAUUAAAGUCAUGACUGGAGAAAUGACGGACCGGAGCAAUCAAGAUCUCGCAUUCUCUCUCCUCCAAAUGACAUAUCGUCUAGGACAGAUUGCUGGUCUUCCGCUCGGUGGGCUUCUUGCGCACCCGGAGCAACGAUUCUCAUGGUUCCGUACGGCGUUCUGGGCCGAAUACCCCUAUUUAUUGCCGUGCCUUGUGGGCUCUGCAUUUGCAAUCUUUUCAGUUAUCCCUGGGUUUAUUUAUAUCGAAGAGACUCUUCCAUCGAAGCGGAGGCAACGUAAAAAGAUUAACAAGAGGGCCACAUCCUACGGCUCGACUGACUCGUCAGUUAGUACGACUUCAACUUUGGUAGAUUCACGAGAGCAAUCUGUGUGUGCACAAGAGCCCAUUGACAUCGAGGGCGUUGAGAAAGUAGUCAAGCCUCAACCAUCAUGGCGUUCGGUCAUGACUCCGGCAAUAUGGUCCCUGCUCUUUAACAAUGCCCUGAUGUGCUUCGCCUCUGAAAUGGUUUUCUCGAUCUUUCCUCUCUUUGCAUAUACACCAAUCGCUUCAGGUGGAUUGGGUAUGUCCGAGGCGAAAAUAGGAUCGGAGAUGGCGGUUCGCAGUAUCGUCCAAGUUACCCUCAUGCUAGGCUAUAGCAAGUUGAUUCGCAAAAUAGGCAAGCUUCGUAUUUACCAACUUGCAAUGGUGGCUUGGAUAAUUACAAUCCUGUGCUUCCCGGUCCUGAACUGGGCUGUACGCGCCCACUCGCUUGGAGCGGAGAGCAUGCUAUUCGAGGGUUGUCUAUUCGCGUUCUAUGUUAUUUGGAGUAUUGGCGGCUUCUGCUGGGUUGCCUCUGCCUCGCUGGUUAACGAUGUCGCUCCAUCCGCUGAGGCUUUGAGCUUGACUACCGGUAUUUCUCAAAUGACCCUCGUAUUCCCGCAAGCAGUAUCUCCAGCCCUGGGAAAUUCUUUGUUUGCUGCUUCAGUUCACCAGGACAUUCUGGGAGGCCAUCUCGUUUGGAUUGUGAUGUUAGCUAUGACUACCUUUGGCUGGGCUCAUUCGCUCACCCUGACUACCUCCACUCAUGACUGGCGCGAAAAUCUUAAUGAUGAUGACGACGAGUAA